GGAAGACACGUGGUUGCGUUGCGCGGGCUUUCUGAUCGUCUGAAUGCGGAUAUUGGCUUUCCAGCGUGUCCGGAUAGAUUUAUGCUGCCUCCUCUUUCGGGAAACCCGAGAUGAUAGCCAAGGCUCACUUAUACUACAGCACAACAACCCUGCAAGUGGGUGCUAACAAAGAUUCAUCUGGAUCCUGGAGGAGCUUGCCUCCAUGUACCCCGAAUCCACCACGGACUCCCCGGCCAGAUUCUCAAACCGACACACUGGAUCCCCAGGUAUGAUUUACAGUGCUCGUUAUGGAAGUCCGAAAAGACAGCUCCAGUUUUACAGAAACCUCGGGAAGUCGGGAUUGCGGGUUUCCUGCCUGGGUUUAGGAACAUGGGUGACGUUUGGAGGACAGAUAACUGAUGAGGUGGCCGAGCAGCUGAUGACCCUCGCUUACGACAGCGGCAUCAACCUCUUCGACACGGCCGAGGUCUACGCCGCAGGGAAAGCUGAAGUCGUCCUAGGCAACAUUAUCAAAAAGAAAGGAUGGAGACGGUCCAGUUUAGUGAUCACAACGAAGAUCUUUUGGGGAGGGAAGGCCGAGACAGAACGAGGCCUUUCCAGAAAGCACAUUAUAGAAGGUUUAAAGGGGUCCCUAGAACGGCUGCAGCUGAAUUACGUGGACGUGGUAUUUGCCAAUCGGCCGGAUCCGAACACACCUAUGGAAGGUAAGCUACCAUUUGGGGUUUUUUGCUCGAAUUUCUACAGAACAGAAACCUCUUAGUUAUCCCAGUUAACCUUGGCGAGGCCCUUAAAAAAUUGCUAUGCCUACGGCCAUUCGAUUCUUGCCUUUUCAAAGGUUCGUUGGCUCAUUGGCCCUUAGGACAAUUCAUUUAGCGACCGUUUGAACUGGGCCCUGAUAAAAGGGAUUUGCAGCUGGUCCUUGGACCUAGCAACGACAAUCACGGCUUCCCAUGAUCACAGGAUCGUGGUUAGACGCUCGGCAAUUGUCACGCAUUUAGGAUGGCUGCAGUGUUGGGAGGUCACGAAGCAUUGGGGAAGCCAGCGGGAAGUCGAAAGUCGCAUAAUUUAUUUUUUUAGUUAUGAUUGAAUUUAUUCGCUGGAGUGGGUGCGGUGGCCCAGAGGUGGAGCUCUUGCCUCACAAUCGGAAGGCUGUGAGUUCGAUCCUAGGUAGAGGCAGAUAUUUCUCUUUCUCUGGGCACAUGAAAAUAUAUCUGCUGAACAGAACUUCUCAUUGGUGACAAGAAAGGCAUCCGGCCAGUAAACACUCGGCU